GGGGAGGGGGCAGGAAAGGUCAUGGGGCGGGACAGGGUGCGGCCAAUCACAGGGAUGAGCCACAGCAACUUGUGGCCGGGCCAGCUAGUAUAUUACCUUUUCUGGAUUACUAUACUACUGAAAGAAUAUACACUGCUUUUUGGAAAUGCUAAAAUUAGUGUGAAUAAGCACCACCACCUGCUCUCCCAAUGUAAACAAGGGAAAUAUAUGCAUGUCAAGUGUUCAAAUAAAAAUAAUUUUGAAUAUAACUUUGAUUUUUAAAAAACAACAUACAAGUCAAGCUAAUGUGCUCUGUUUCCAGCCCCCCCCAUCAAAUAUGUUUGUUAAACUAUUUUCAGCUAUUGUUAUUAGCAUGAUGUAUAUUAUUUGGUUUGGGCCAUAAUGUAAAGACACUGGGAAAUUUUCAAGGAAAAAAAAGGCAUUGUGCAUGUUUCAUUAGGGUUUUCAGUGAAAGUGCCAGUGCACUUCGCUCUGUGCAAGAUCAGGAUUCCAAGCUUGAAAUGCUGGCCCUGAUUAUAAUAAUUUUAUUGAGUUAAUUAGUAUUUGUUUGACCCAUUUUCCUUUUCAUGAUUUCCCUGCAAUGUACCCUGAAGGAAUAUUUCUCAGAUCUUGCCAUGCACAUUGCAUUAUUACAUGUAUGUGUGGAUGUCCUACGAAAACUAAUGCAAACUUGAGAAUUUGUGAAGUGGUUCUUCCUUUGUUUUUCUCUGAGGAAAAAAGAAAUACUUUUUUAAAAAAGUAGAACUGACAUAUAAUUCAAUGCCACGGCUUUGUUCCUCUCCAAAAAACUAUGGAAUACAAAUGCAAGAUUUUAAGUUGCAUAAAAAGAACUAUAAAAAGAUUUAAAUUAAUAUUGUGUUUAUUGUAUUCUGUUUUGUUUCAAUACAGUAUUCACAAAUGAUUAGUUUACGACUGAGACUCAUUAAAGACUUGUAAUUCAUUGUUAUUUAAAGUUAAUGUUCACAUUAAAUGAAAUCAGACAUGUUCAUAAACUCUGAAAAACGGAGUUGAAUCCAGGCAUAGUCAUGCAUUACCAAGUCUGUAGGACCCAAGUCCCACCCGGGUAUUAGGAGCAAUGGAACCACACAAAGAGGCAACAUGCCAGGCAGGAUACGACAAGAUUUAUUUGCUCAGCAUAUGCUAAGUAAAUGGUGCAGUGCAAUCAGCUCGCAACCUGCACACAGAAUUGUGGAUUUACAAUACUUUUAUACAGUCAAAAACAGGCCAACACCUUAUUUCCUUAACUACAAAAACACAUGUAUUCCAAAUGCCAUACACCCUUCUCCCUUAUCUGGUCCUGUGAACCCAGCUUGUACUCCUCUCCUCCUUUACUGGGCGUGUAGAGAAAGGCAGGCAUUUGAUAACAGUUUGCAAGCUACACGCCCAUGGGCCCCCCUGCCUGUGUCUCACUUCAUGCCCCUCUAUACAAUGUGCUGUGUAUUUGAAUCCUAAAUACUAUACAACUAUUUUCAUAUCAAUUAUGUGUGUCUUAAAUAAAAGUACUGGCCCUUCAAGUCUAGAUCCAGACCAGUUUGUAUCUAGUAUUAAGAUAUUUACAAACCAAAAAAAGUUGGUUUGAUUACAUCAAGGCUAUACACAUUUGGAAGCUAUACUGGCUACUCAGCUGGUAAACAAAAUCCAGAAAUGUACCCUUUUAAUCUUCUUUGUUAUACUGUUUAUCCCCAAGCAUUCAAAUUUUCUGAAAAUUAAUUAUUGAAAUGGUAGUCAUAUCUAGGCUGACUUGGAAGUUGCAGAGAAAUAGAAUUGGAUAUUGUCUUCGUGUUGAUGACUCCUUGGCCUAAAUCUUCUAAUGACUGCUUUAUAAGAUCUUCAGUAAUUUUGGGGACAAGGUGGAACCCUAACAGUAUAAUUGCCAUGAGACUGAAGUCUCAUGUUGCAGUGUUGCUGCAAGUAAAGUAGAAGUAGGACCACCAAUUACAAGGCCUCUCAUUUCCAUACCACUUAAUCAAUUCAGGAAAUUGAAUUGGUAUUGAAAGUUGUAGAGAUCAAGGAGAAUCAAGGUCACACACCCUUGUUAUUUCUAAAUUGUCCUGAACUCUUUUCCCCAACUCUCAAAGUUUGGUUGUGUAGUAGAAGGCAGUUUAAUCUGCAUUUGCAGGAUGUCUACGGUAACUUGUUUCAGGUUAACAAUCUUGCAUUUUGUGAUGGGGUAGCCAAUUUGUGUGGCUUAUAAAAAUCAUUUCAUUGAGGAAGGCUGAAGUAGCUCUGAGUCAGCAGUUGCCAUGUUCAAAAAACAAGAUUUAAGAUAAACAUACAUCAUUUAUGUUUGGCACUUUUUAAAAACUCCUCACCACACCCUUGAAUUGAAUUUUUCAUUACAUUCGGAUCAUAGUGCUCUGAACAAGCAUGUGUAGUAAUGCUAGCUGCUUCGAAUCUUGUUUGGAGAAACACCUGGCACAGUAACAGUCUGAAUUCCCGGAGAAGGUAUCUUUUGAACAUGUUUACAUGUUGCAAAGUGAGUUUUGUGUGUCGCUUUUUACCCACAUUUUUCUCCACAUGUUUUGAGCCGAGGUUUGGUCUGUGAUAACUGACAGUAUAGUCUAGAACAGGCUUACUCAAACUUGGCCCUCCAGAUGUUUUGAGACUACAAUCCCCAUCAUCCCUGACCACUGGUCCUGCUAGCUGGGGAUCAUGGGAGUUGUAGGCCAAAAACAUCUGGAGGGCCGAGUUUGAGGAAGCCUAGUCCAGAAGUAUUAGGGUAAGACCAGAGAUAAUAAAUCUAAAAUGUUGAAACUAGAUUUUUUUAAAAGAAAAAACAUACCAGUUUUAAUUUUGAAAGUGUUCAGCUUCAUAUCAUAUCUGUCAUUAUUAUUUAGAUUUUGUAAUUUUAAAUCACUUGGCAUACUUUUAACAUGAAAUUUGUAAACAUCUUAAAAUAGCAAAAUUAAUUGAGUAAUAAUUCAGAUAUUUAUAAUGGAUGUGAUAUGAAGCUGAAUGGUGUUUUAGUCCAAACAAAGUGAAUUCAAAACUUAAUUACAGAUAUAUCUUUGAAGAUAGUACCUUAGGGCUCAAAGCACGUUGCUAGUAGCAAGUACUGUAAUUAAAAAGUAUAAAUUGCUGAACAUGUUUCUUCAUUGCCCUAUGCUUGCAUUUUGUACUGAGGGGACAAUGUGUCGAAAUCCCGUAGAGCCUUUGAAUAACUGUUUUGUAGGUUUACAUUUAACCUCUUGGAUUGUCCGCAGACUGCUUUAGAAUUACCCCCUUCUCUUUUCUCCCUUUCCAUAAAAUUGUUUGGGCAAAGAACUUGGGAAUCUGGUGUGAUAUCUAUCUGUAACUUUCACCGUUAUAAGCUCAUAAACAAAUAUGGGCAAAGCCUCUGUCUCAAUGUUUGAUGUUUCUUUCAAUAAAGAAAACCUCCCUGAGGAAAUAAAGUUUGGGAGGGGGUUAAAAGAAAAACUGGAAAGCAUUCAGCUCCUCCCCCUGAUAGAAUCUGAAGUGGUACAGUCAGCAAAACAUUCCACAUUACAAUAGAUGCUUGAAUCUGCUUGAAGUCCGGAUCAGAUGAUCUCAUUGAGAGCCAGUGUGGUGUAGUGGUUAAGAGCGGUAGACUCAUAAUCUGGUGAACCGGGUUCGAUUCCCUGCUCCUCCACAUGCAGCUGCUGGGUGACCUUGGACUAGUCACACUUCUCUGAAGUCUCUCAGCCCCACUUACCUCACAGAGUGUUUGUUGUUGGGGAGGAAGGGAAAGGAGAAUGUUAGCCGCUUUGAGACUCCUUAGGGCAGUGUUUCUCAACCUUUUUUGGGCCACGGCACACUUGUUCCGUGAAAAAAAUCACGAGGCACACCACCAUUAAAAAAGUUUUAAAAAUUAACUCUGUGCCGCCCUAUAUUAUAAUUAUGACUGUAAGAAACACUUGCCAAAUAUUGCUUUCCGGCGGGUCAGCGCUGCCGAGUUCUUAAAAGAUCCGGGUUUCUGAUCCACCCCACCCGACCCCGCCGUCCCGUAUCUUACCCUGUGCGUGUUCUCGGACUUGUGAGAGGACGAUUUGGUCUUCAUGCCUCCGUGAAUUAGCAACAAACUACCUUUUGAAUGAUGGAGAUUGAAUAUUUUAAAAGUAGCUACUUGAAGUCCGCUCGAUUUUCCAAAAAAGAGACACACGUGCGGCACUAUUAGCUGCUGGGGGCUGCCAUCUUGGCUAAAGGAUUCUGGGAUGAUCCUGUCACAUGAGGCAUGGGGAAAAUGGAAAUAAUGAAAGCUGAUUGGUCUGUGGAAACUAGAAGGGGCGAAGAAAUAGGACGCCCAGGGAGGUGGAGUUUGCAGCUGCAAAAUCGCCCUUCUCGUCGCCGCACGUCGCGGCACACCAGCCAGUGUUGAGAAACGCUGCCUUAGGGUAGUGAUAAAGCGGGAUAUCAAAUCCAAACUCUUCUUCUUUUUCUCCUCCUCCUCCUCCUUGAUGUUCAUGAGUUUUACAUAGGACGCCAAGCAAAUUGUCAACAAAUCACAGAACAUAUCUGUAGAACAAUGAUUUGAACAAUCAACGGUUCUUUCAGUUAGCUCUCUAAAAACGACAUGGACCCAUGUUUUUGCACCAUAGUAGACCUGAAAAGUGCAGUUUAUCUAUAAUUUUUAUACAGUGGUGCCUCGACUUACGAAGGCGAUCCGUUCCGCGGUGCUCUUUGUAAGUCAAAGUCUUCGGUUGUUGAAGUGCCCUUUUCGCACAUGCACAGACCGUGCGUGCCGCUUCUGUGCAGGUGCAGAACAUCCGCGCGCCGCGAAAAGACUUCCGGGGCUGUCGACUUCGUAAGUCGAAACCAUCAGAAGUCGAGUCAUUCGGAUGUUGAGGUACCACUGUAUUUCAGUUAGUGAAGACAGAUACAAUCUGUAAUUUGAUUGCUGUAUAUGAGAGGUGCUGUAGCCUCGAAUGUGAUCUGACAGCCAGGAAGUCUCUGGUUCAAAUGUUAACCACAACCACAAACUUGCUAUGCCACUUCAGGCAAACCGUUAGAUCUCUGCCUCAGACUGUCAUGUUCAAACAGGGAUGAUAGCAAGAAUUUCUACAAUGAUGUAUGUGAGGUGCAACACUCGAAAUACUACAUUAUUCUAAUGUUCAUAAUCAUGGAGUAUGAUAAGGAGGUAGCUACUGUUAACUUCUGGAAUUUAGUUGAAUUUCUUGUUUUUAACCCUUCAUGCAUAGGAUAGGAAAAUACCCAAUAAAAAUACUAUACAUGCAAAAAAUAAAGGAAAACUAUAUUAUACUUGGUCACUGAAAUCAUGCUGAAAUAACUACCUAGAAUGAACAACAAGCCUACAAAUUUUGAAUCUACUAUUAUGACAUGAGGUAUAUUUAAUCUCUGUUCUAUUCUAUCCUUUUUCGCUGAAAGGGCAAAUGUUACUGCAAAUACUUAACCUGUUAUGCAUAUAUGCUUCUGUUAAAGCAAUAUUGCACCUCUGCAUACUAUCCUGUGUUAGACAGAAGUCUAUUGUGGGUCUUUCAACCAUAACAUAUUUAAGAAAGGAAUUCAGUUCAUUGGUGUUUGGAAAAACCUAAUUACCUAUGCCCCUGCACAACUUUUGAAAAAAAGCUUCUGUAAUGUUUAUAGUGUGAAUGAUUUGAGUAGGGUUUCUUAAGAAAAGAGAGAAGAACUGAAAUCUGGCUCCUCCUGAGUAGCAUUCCCUGCCUGCCAGUAAUAUUUGGCUUCAUUCCUGUUGUCAAUAAUAUGUGACAUGGACUUGCAGCUGCUUGGAUUCAGAUCAGGAUUGGAGUGUUAUAUCCUGAUCUACCGACUGGUUCACAGAGGCAGUCUUUGUGCCUUGUGAGUUUUUUCUGUUUGUAGCACUUGUGCUCCAAAGAUACUGCAGCGUCUCUGCAGCAUGUGCACUAAUAGCCACUGUGCGUGUGUACUACUCUGUAAGGAGGGAGGUGCUUUGUGAAAAGUGCUUCACCCACUGCUGCGUUGUUACUGGCUGCUGUUGAAUGCACACAGUGCAGCCAUCUUAGUCGCACUUUCAGUGUAGCUGAAACAGUGCAGUCUCAAAAUGGCUGACGAAAUGUUCUCUGGAGCUGUUUAGCCUGCCUGUAUGCUAAUGAGCAUAUCUAGUGAAGUCACAUGUUGCAGAUUCUGAGGUAAGAAACAAUUCUGGAUUUUGCUUUUCUAUAAAUAGUUCAGGAUGUGUGUGUAUACAAGUGUGAGACCAAAAACCCCAAUUAUUGGCAAAGUGGGUAUUUUUUUUAAGUUUUCAGCUGCUGGUGAAGGUAAAUUUUAUACGCGUGUUUCACAAGGACUGUGGAAGUGCUUGCUGGGGUCAAAGGUAACUGUACUUAAAAGGCACUAUAAUUUGGUGUUGCCACUAUUUUGAGGAGUCUGAAUCAACUGAUUUUUUUAAAUAAAAAAAAUAGUGAAUAUUUGCUAGCUUUGUACAGUGGUACCUCAGAUUGUGGACCCGAUCCGUUCCGGGGUGCCAUUCACAUCCCGAAAAGUCCGCAAACAGAGCGGCGCUUUUGCGCCUGCGGGAAAGCAUGAUAGAGCGCUUCUACGCAUGUGUGAAGCCCGCAGGAUGCUUCUGCGCAUGCGCAUGGGGCGAAACCCUGUAUUAUUAUAUGAUAAUAAGUAAACACGUCCGGGUCCACCGCGUUCGUAACCUGGAAAAAUGCAACCCACAGCGGACGCAACAUGAGGUAUGACUGUAUUCAACUUUGUAUAAAAGAUGAAGCAGUAGCGCAAUCACCAACAUUUUUUUAAUCUUAAAUUCUUGAGAUACUUAAAUUCUUGUAAUUUUGGGAGAAUAUAGAACCCCAUUGUAUUUCUAAAUAAUUACUUGGCUACUUUAUGCAUUUAUCCAGUGUAUUAUUGGUCAGAAAAUAAUAAUUUUAGAAUUUACUGUAUUGCAAUAAAUAAUAGAAAUAAAAGUUUGAUACUGUUCCAUUUUAAAUAUGAGCUAAUUUUAAACAAAAAAUUGGCAUAUAUUUUUAUUUAAAUAUAUUAAGUAUACAGUAUAUUGAAGAUUUUCACUGGCCCAAAGAAUGAGUUAAGUGACAGCACAUGCUUACAAAGGAGCAUUUAAAUUUCCAGCUUGAAGACUAUUUCCCAAAACAUGGGCUUUAGGGACAGAAGCUGAAUAUUGCUCCUGAACUCAGGACCCAUGUGUACACAGAUGACAACAGCAGAAUGUUCUUGUGUGAAUGUUUCUCUCAACCUCAAGUAUAUUGCGCAUUAUGUCCUCCAUAAGUGAAGUCUACAUAAGAACAGUUUAACAUUACAUAGACUUCUUAUUUUUUAAGAGGUACACCACAAUUAAUAGGGAAAAUGUCAGGAAUCUUUCUAAAAUGGAGUUCCCAACGUGGUCAUACUGUUUUGUAAUUUGGAAACAAUUCAGAUCUUAAUGGUUGGAGUAACUGGGAAAGCAAAGCAGUGUUCUGUACCUUGGGGGGGGGGGACUUGCUCACGGUCUUGACUCUGCUGACAGGAGCACCAUGGUGGUGACUGGGGGGGCAGUGUCUCCCCUUUUUCUUUCUUAUGACUGUUCUGGGGAGGAGCCAAUGGGUUUGCGUUCCUUGCCACCUCAGAGGCUCAGUGGAAACAAACCAUAUCUUCUCUACUUAACCUAUCAAAAUUGAUGGUCCUUCUUUCUCAGUAGGUAUCAUUUCUUACAUGGAGAAUUAAUUUGUAGAAUUAUGGAUCUCAAGUAGUAUAGUGGGCAGUUCCCCCCUGAACUAAAUGCGUGUUCUUUGUAACUGUAAAAUGGGCAUAUUGCAUUCUCAUACUGAUACUUUCUGUACAAUAUUGCUUUGUGAGUUGGACUCAUAUUUGACAUUUUUCCCUUGAAAGGGAAUAAUAAUAAUAAUUAUUGUUAUUAUUAAUUAUUUAUACCCUGCGCAUUUGGCUGGGUUUCCCCAGCCACUCUGGGCGGCUCUCUUGUGGCAAAUUUGAUAGGUGUAAUAAAACUGAAACAGUAAAAAUACUACGGAAAAUUCUCUUAGAGUUCACUAAAGUUUACUUAAAUAGUUUAAGUACAUUGAAUGGAAUGUGGUUUUGUUUACUGUAGUACCUUUUAUGUAGAACAAUUUUUCUGUAUUUAUUAAGUUUAGUGUUCAUACUUUUACCUGUAUGCCAGUUGAAUUUCUUUGUUAAAUAUUGCAAAUAAUUAAAAUUGUAUGUUGGAAGGUCUCUUGUAAAAUUAUCUAGAUUUCUUUGCUAGUUAUUAAAUCUGGAACUUUUUGUAAUAUCUCAGCUAGUGGAAACAAGGAGAAUAAUUAUCAGGGAGCAGACCAAAAUGGGUCUGCUUGGCUGUAUCUUUAUGCCACUGGUUUUUUCUGUUGACUCUCAGUACUGUGCCAGUUGAAAGAGGACAAUGCAUAGGUACUGUAAAAAAAAUCCUAGAGUUUCCAUUUGCUGUCUUAUGAGUUGGUAGGCUAUUUUAAUUACAUUCAAGAAAUAUUAGCUUAGUAAUUAAUGUGGCCCCCAGGCUAGAGGUUCCCCAUGCCUAAUUGGAUUCAAUUUUUACUCUGUGGGAUAAGUAAAUUUCAGGUAUGUUACAUAUUUUUGUGUGAGAUGCAGCUGGGGCCACGUGUUUUGAUUGCUGUUGAUUUCAGCAUGACUCUACCAUUUGAAUUAAUGGGAUUUAACUGCAUUUAACUUUUUAAUGGGUGUAAAAUAAUUAGCUUAGGCACCACUUUGCCUAAAUCUGUAGUUAGUCGAUUCAUAUUCUAUAUAUUUAUGCCACAUUUGUGAUGUUCUAUCAUAUUAUUAUUUAUUGUUUGUAAGCCACUUUGGAAUUCAUUUGAAUGGAAAGCAGCAUAGAAAUAUAAUCAGAUCAGAUUAAAUCAUCUCCAAAUAUGUUGACUGCAGGGCCAUUGGCUUCUCAAAAUCUCGCACAUUAUUUUCAAGAGUUUUAUGUCAUAAAUAUACACUUUCAGGGAAGACCAGCAGAACAAUUACCGUGUUAAGGAGAGCACAGAUAGUGAAACAAUUUAUUCUAUAUUUAUGAUGUUUCACAACCAGAUUGAUGACUGUUUGUGUCUCUAGUACUUAACUGACUUUAUAAAGGGACACUUAAAGUGACAGUCAUAAAAUAUUUUUCUUUGAAAUAUUAGUUUGUCUUAAGGUUAAAUACAGCCUGUUGAGAGUGUUUGUAAACGUCUGAUUCUGGGGUUUGCAUUAUUUCCCAUCUUUCCUGAGAUUUAAGAAUAUUGUCAGCAUCAGCACUGCAAGAUGAUUUGCCCUUUAUGCACAUUGAAUACCAUUUCCGCUGUCAUGAUCCCUUAAUGAGAUGGCGUUGACUUUCAGAAGCUGUGUUUGCUCUUGGAACUGCUUAAGUAUGAUUGGUCUGAUAUUCACAAACAAUGAUAAUAGUUACCAUCUUAAUAGUUAUAGACUUGUUCAAAAUCUGUAUGGAUUAUGCAAGAAGGUGCUGGCCAGAAACUGCAUGGUAGACUGAGCUUGCAAAAUCCACAUAGGUUUUUUAUUUAUUCCUUCAUAAUAUUCAUUCUGAAGUAUCCAAGGGAGGGGUAAAAUUCUGCUGGAAAUCAAAGCAAAUAGAUUUAAUUCAGUUUUGUCUCCAAACUGAUCAUUUCAUUAACACUAAAAAUAGUACUGCCAAAAUGUUACAUGACUCCUGGUUUCCAAAAAAAAUCAUUAUUGGAUUACUCUUCUAAAACUAGAUUGAAUAAAACAUGAUUUGUUUUUAAAGGGUUAUAUUAUGUGUCCCUUUUAAAAAAUAAACAUCAUUUUAGGAACUUUUAAAAUACACUCACAUAUUUUAAUGGCAUCAAUACAACCAAAAUCAAAUAUGCACUCAUCUCAUAAAACUGAAUCAAUGACCCUCCAUCAAGUACAUUGUUUUGAUGCUUUUCUCGAAAAAACAAUGAGCCAGAGGAAAAUUAUAGGUCAUGUGUUGUGUUUAUUGUGCAAAUUUGGAUUCUUAAACUGUAACCUGAAAGGGUGGACCUCUUGCUUUUCAUUUCAUAGACAAAGGUUUGCCUAGUUAUUACCACCCUUUGUUUCUGGAAAGUUCUGAGCAUUUUAAGUGUUCAAGCAAGUGAUACUGCCAUUACAGAUUGCUGCUUAAUGCCUGUUGUAUUUUCCAAUUACAGUAGUUUCUGUUUCCUUGCUAGUCUAGCAUGAAGUCUUUUUCAAGAAAAAUAUUUGAUAAAACACGACUGAAAUGCAGAUACUUUUCAGACGGAAUUAUUAUUAGACACUAUUAUUAAACUAAAGUAUUAAAAUGAAGAAAUGGACAAAAUAGCAGGAAAGUGUCUACUUGGACAGGUGUCUUUCUUCAUUGCUUAUCUAAAAUUGGAUUACUAGCAAAGCUACAGAAAUUUACAAAGCCCUUUCUUCAGACAUUUCACAGUGAGUUCUGCCUGGAACUCUUCAGGACAGUAUUCCAUCAGGUAAAAUCCAGAGGAGAGAGACUUGCAAGCUGGGCAAAUUAUGAAUGACAACAUUCACCAGAGCUAUAAAAUUAUGCUAGGCAAUAAGCUUAGCAGUAUUUAAAUGAACAAAAUUGCAUAUUAAAGUCAAAUGUGAGAAAGUUGAUAAACAUUUUAGAAAUCCUUUGAGAAAUAAUGAAAAUUAUUUCUAAUGACCAAAUUCCAUUAUUUACUGGUAAUUCAGUCAAUCAUUUUAUUUGUAGGCAACCUUUCCAAAGUUAAAGCCACAUCAUCUUGCAAUAUAUACAUAACUACAAACAUAACAUCAAAAAGUACUCAACCAAAUCAAACAAUUUCUAUGUAAAUAAUAUGCAAAAUAAAUAUACCAAAAAACCACCAUCAACAACAGCCCCCUCUUAAAUAAUGCCCAAGCCAAAGAUUCAACACAAAGAAGGGCUGCAGAAACCCAGCCAGAUGGGUGGGGUAUAAUUAUUAUAAUAAUUAUAAUAAUUAUUAUUAAUUAUUACUAUUAUUAUUACUACUACUUAGACUAUACAGAAUUAUUAAAUAAUUUCUUCAGAUUUUGGGAUGAGUUAAUUUUUUAAAAUUCACUUUGACUGCAUUGUUGAAUUCUUUUACUCCAGCAAAACCUUUCUUCUAAAGAAAAGGUUUAGAGGAAGUUAUUGGCAACUUGAGUUAAAGGCAUUUACCCUGCCACAUUGAUAAUGAUUUAAUUACAGAUCCCUUGAUAUUAUUAUUAUUUCUUGUGUUUAUGUGCUACCCUUCUUUCUUUCUGAGGAGCCUGGGACAGUGCGCAGCACCAUUAAACUAUGGGCAUCACAAAUCAUGAGUUAAAGCAUUUAAAAAACUUCAUUUAUUACAUUUGUCAGUCACUUUAUACAGAAGGCAAGUCUCAAAGCAAUUUAAUAAGAUAAAAUACAAUAAAUAAAAGCAAUGUAAAAUCAGUAAAAUUUAAAACAACGAACAGUGCGAAAAUGUAUAAAAUGUGUUAACCCAGUAAUAUAUUAAUAAGGACAAGUCCUAUGCAUCUAAAUAAAAGAUGAGCAGUCAGAGGCAACUUAAUUACCGUAUAUUCCGGUAUAUAAGACGACUGGGCAUAUAAGACGACCCCCAACUUUUCCAGUUAAAAUACAGUGGAACCUCGGUUUAGGAACACCUCGGUUUACGAAUUUUUGGUUUACGAACGUCGCGGACCCAUCUGGAACAGAUUAAUUCAUUACUUUCAAUGGGAAAGUUCGCUUCAGUUUAUGAACGCUUCAGUCUAUGAACAGACUUCCGGAACCAAUUACACCCAUGCUUUGGGUUAAGUACGCUUCAGGUUGAGUACUCCGCGGACCCGUCUGGAACGGAUUAAUCCACUUUCCAUUACUUUCAAUGGGAAAGUUCACUUCAGUUUAUGAACGCUUCAGUUUAAGUACUCCGCGGACCGUCUGGAACAGAUUAAUCCACUUUCCAUUACUUUCAAUGGGAAAGUUCGCUUCAGUUCAUCACCACUUCAGUUUAUGAACAGACUCCCAGAACCAAUUGUGUUCAUAAACCGAGGUACCAUUGUAUAGAGUUUGGGAUAUACUCGCCAUAUAAGAAAUACGACCCGGCGUAUAAGACGACCCCCGACUUUUGAGAAGAUUUUCCUGGGUAAAAAAGUAGUCUUAUACGCAGGAAUAUAAAGUACCAAUUUCCUGGGUGAACAAAAAGUUAUUAGCUGGGUGCUAACGAUAGUGCCAAGUACAGGCAACAACUGAUUUGGGUGUAUCUGAGUGACACGCAGUCAUGCAUGCAUGUAUGGUACUAAACCCGGAAGGAGCCCACAGACUUCACAAAAAAGGUGGAACAGGCUUAUGUGCAUUCCGGAACAUAAUCCUGUGCAAAAUGAGCAUUGCCUGUACAUCUUCCUAAGAAAGACAUUCCACAGAUGUGGGUGCCACCACUGAAAAGAUUACAAUAAUCCGCACCUCCCUUGGGUGGGGCAUGCACACACUACAUAUCAAAAAUCAGAAAACCUACCGGUAGUUUAACUCAACCAAUCUUAUCUACUGGAUCCCAGGAUUAGUGUAAAGAAUAAUAUGCUUAAUUCUUCAUGAAAGAAUAAUAUAUUGCUCAAACACAACAGAUUGAGAUUUCAUAUCAUCUCCGACUACCAUAUUUUCUCAAAUCUAAUGCUCGCCUUUUCUGCCAAAUUACAUUGGGAAAAUUAAGGUGCACAUUAGAUUCAAUGACACAUUUAAAUUUGCCAGCAAUUACUUUUUUGGUUUCAGGGUUCUGAAAAUUGAAGUGUACAUUAGAUUUGAUGAUGUAUUGGGCUCGAGUAAAUACAGUAUAUCAGGGGUUCCCAAACUAAGGCCCGGGGGCCCGCGGACGGUCCGGGAAUCAGCAUGUUUUUACAUGAGUAGAAUGUGUCCUUUUAUUUAAAAUGCAUCUCUGGGUUAUUUGUUGUGCCUGCCUGGUGUUUUUAUAUGAGUAGAAUGUGUCCUUUUAUUUAAAUUGCAUCUCUGGGUUCUUUGUGGGGCAGAGGAAUUCGUUCAUAUUUUUUUUCAAAAUAUAGUCUGGCCCCCCAAAAGCUCUGAGGGACAGUGGAUCGGCCCCCUGCUGAAAAAGUUUGCUGACCCCUGCGGUAUAUCCUUGCUUUUCUCCAAUCAGCCUGGUCACUAAAAAAAAAAUCCCAACAUUCCUAAAUGAGUUUAAUUUCACUAAUGAUUCAUGAGAGUUUAUUUUUGUUUGUUUGUUUGUGGUGUUUUCUAUGGAUGUGGUAUAUUCCUUAAGGUGAUGUAACCCACCUUGUAUGUAAUAGCAAUAGAAAGGUAUGAUGUAAACCCACUAAAUAAAUAAAAUUUAAACCACUUUUAAAACAGUAAACUAGCUUUAAUUAGUAAAAUGUAUUAAAUUGUAACAAAUUUGCAUUAAGUAGUGUUGAUCACAAUGUUUUGUCUUUCUACUACAAUAAAAUACAAGCCAUCACUAUUUUAUUUGGAAAUUUAUGGAUUAAAAGAAGAGAAAAAAAUUAAGGAGAAUAAAAUUGGUAUAUAGUAUAGUAUAUUAGUAUAUAGCACGGACGUCCAACUUCCAAGAGAAUGUGAUCUACUCCCAGAAUAAAAAACUAGCAGUGAUCUACUCGAUUGGGUGGGGCAGAACAAAGUUGUUGAGGUUUUUUUUGGGGGGGGUGCCUUACUUUUUGUGCUUUGCAAUGGGGGGGGCAUAAAACGCUCACGAAACAGCGCAGCGAUAACUGUCUUCCAUUUCUGACAUCGUGCACAAAUGAGGGACAAAGCGAGGGGGGGGCCCCUGGAUGUUCUUUUUCCUCCGCAGAGGAAAAUGAGCCCGCAGUCGACCACACAGCAAUAACUCUGUCUUCCAUUUCUGCAAUCAUGCAUUAAUAGAGAGCAGAGUGAGGGGGUGGGGCCAUGUGUUCUCCCCCCCACCCCGAGGAGGAAAAUGACCCCGCAAUUGACCGCUAUCACCCAGGGAUCAACCUGUCGAUCAUGGACGACCGGUUGGACAUGCCUGGUGGUGUAUAGUAUAUACUAAUAGUAACAAACAUCAUCAGUUUACAAUCUGAAUACAAUAACCAAUAUUACAUAUAUCUUAGGUUAAACAUGUAAGUUAAUAUAAGCUCUCCAAAUGUCCAGAUAGAUAAUGUACAUCUAUAUGAUAUGUGUUCAAAUGUAACUAGGGCUGUGAGAGCCUCAGCCCACAUUAUGUAAUAGAUAGUGGAUAUUUACCCUUCUAGACUUGGAAGUACAAAUCCCUUAAUGGCAACGAGGGCUCCCAAAGUCCUCCUGUCCAUCCCCAUAUUUUAUAAUUUAUAAUUAUAAUAUAAUUUAGAAGUACUUGAAAAUCUGCAGAUGUCAAGGAUUUCACCAGUACAAAAUGAUGCCGAUAACAACACCAGAACAACAACAACAAUCACAGGGCAAGCCCAUACCAUGUGCCUUAACUAGGCAUUCUCAGUAUUACAUCUCCAACAUCUGUAUUAGAACAGUGCCUUCCUAUGCAAAUGAGAUGGAGCCCAAUGUACUUGAAAUCUUGAUGUGGGUGGGGCUGGAUCUUGCUCAAUUGCAAGUCUAAGGAAACAUUCCAUAUAGAUUCAAAAGUAAUAUUCCAUUGUUUAGGCUGUAUGAUACCUUCUAAUCCCCUAUUCCACAUCUCUCUGAGUUGUUAAAAAGUUCUGUUAAGCAUUUAUACACAGCAGUUUUAACAUUUUGAAAGGAUCCUGUAAUUCUAUACAACAGAUUAAGUGUUCAAAACAGAUGGGCCACAUAUAUAGGUACCAGAAAAUGCUGUAACUGAAGAUAUUGCCUUUCUGAACUUGGCGAUUAUUGAUAUUUAAAUCAUAAAAUAGGUUCAGAUUAAUAAUUUUUGUUAUUUCCUGUCAGCUGAUUAAUUAAUAUAUUCAAUCCAUUUCCCCACAAAGAGUUUAUAAAGUGGAUUAGAAUUUUAUAACUCUCUGCUGAAUUAUGUGUAAGAAAAAAAGAGAAUUAUUUUAAGGGUGGCCCUCCAGAUGUUGUACUUCAGCUCCCGUAAUCUCUGACCGUUAGCCAUUAUCAAAGGGAUUGAUGAGACCCAGGCUUCUGGUCAGUUUGCAGGCCUCGCCCCCCAUUAUUUGGUAACAAAGAUGCCCUAGCCAAUUACAGGAAAUAUUCAGUGGUUAAAUGGUAACACACCGCCCAGUAUACAGUACAUCUUUAUAAAAUUGAUCCAAAGAUCUCGACUUUUCACAAACUACAAUGGUAUUUUAGUGAGGUAAGUUGUUUCAAAAAGUUGUGACCAUUGGAAUUCUCAAGAGUUUUGAAAAGGAAAAGGACCCACUAACUGAAAUAAAUAUGGCUUAUAUUUCAUCAACAUUACACCCUUGAUAAAGUUGUAUUUUAAUACACUUCUAGAUAGGUAGCCUACACAAUUCAAACUGACUGGAAAAGACAUACAUACUAUGUUAUUAGUCAUAUGGUGUAUAAAGGGAGAGAAAAGUAAGGACAUAUAUUUUCCAGUAAGCUAAAUUGUCUUGUUUUGUGAAGUAUACAUAACUUCAAACUGUUUUGCAGUAGAUUAUAUUUGGAAUUUUCUGAGACUAGAGACAACUGAUAUUUAUUACAGAAUUUUAUGUAAAUAUUUAGGAAUCGAAGAUGAGCGAUAAAUCCAUGCAUUUUCAUACAAAGCAUGUUGAAAUAUUUCAUGUGUUAAACACUUACUUAUUAGAUAUGCGAAAGUAUUGAGUAAAUCUCAUUCUUAUUUGAGCAUUUUGUCAACAAAGUGUUAAAUGGUAUGUUCAGAACCAAUCAUUGGACAUGGAGGACGGGGAAUGUUUUACCUUGCAAUAUCCUGCAGCAGUUGUUUUACAAAACGAAGGCCCCUUUAUGUACAGCUAUAACUGUACUCUAGCUUGGCUUUGGGUUAUGUCAUGGAUUCUGCCUUGUCUGUAAUGCCCAAACUUGUUUCCUGCACUGAAGCAUUGUAGUAGAUAAUAGUAUAUUGUUUAAGGAUGUAUUCAUUUUAUUAAGAGUAAUAAAUCCAGAAGUAAGACUUGCACGCAGACACUGAUUUUUCUCUAUCUGGUUUAAUGUACUGCUUUCUGUUGAGUUCUGAUAUGCAUUUUUUUCUGCUUCUGCAUGGCAUAAGGGAGGUAUCACACUGCACACGCUUCUGGGCAGGCAACUGCUAGCACUGCAGCAAGCAGUACAAAUAGGCUCAUUCUGAAGACUUUCCAUUGCAGCUGGCAUUUGCAGACUAUGUGCUUUAUAAGAGCUAAUGCAAUUCCUCUAGGAGCAUUUAUUGUGUAAAUAAAAAUCUCAGCAUGUGCUAUUCCAUAGAUGUGGGUGACUAAAGGAAAGGUCACACAGUAGUCAGGUUUUAGUUAAAGUGCAGUAUGUUUUGCUUGUGUGACGACAAAUGAGGUUUGUUCUCAAGAUGGCCGACCUAGAAGUGUUCUACUGUUUUGAUAUGUAAACUGCUGAGCUGAGGAGGAAGUUCUCUUGAUGUAUGUCAUGCUGCCUCCAGAAUCAAGAUGGAAAACAAUGAAGAACGUCAAAGAAAGGUUUUUAAGGCCCGCAAAACCAUGAGAGCAAGUGACAGACAACAGCUUGAUAGUGUCUAUAAGGUAAAGGAGGAACUUCUGAAAACCACAGAUGUCAAGUUGUUAAAUGGGAAACAUGAAAAUGGGGAUUCAGAUCUUAAUUCCCCGUUACUCAUUUCUGAAUGUACUGAGGGCAAAGAAGUGAAUGGCAUAGAAGAUUUAUGCCUUGACUCUGAAGGACAAAAAAUGGACUCUGAAGAACUUACUGAUGCCAAAAGUCCAGAUGUGAAAGAGAAUCAGGUUAGUGACCUGACUCCUAAACUUGAAACCCUGACCCCUGAGAACAUUGUUUCUGAGCAAGAACAUGAGGGUGCUAGCACUAUUUCAGGCUGUGAUCCUGAAAAUCAGGUGCUUGACUGUAAUAUUGAUAAUGACUUGCAGGACGAAGUCAAAGUCAUUGAUGAUUUGGACCACAAAGAUAAUUGUAUAAAAGACGUUUUGGACCAGAAAGCCACACCAAGCGAGCCUGAAGAGGAAAGCAAAGUAAGCUGUGAUAUUAAUGACAGCUCAGUAGAACCAGUAAAAACAAAUGAGUUAGCUCUUGCUCCUGAUACACCUAUGGAAGAAGAAAAGAGUACCAAGGAAACUCUUGUAAAAGAGAACAUUGAUGAGGAAGCAAUAUCUAGUAGUAUUGAUACAGAUGUAAAUCCAAAGGAGGAAGCUACUCAAUCUGCAGAACCUCUAGAGACCAGCACUCAAAAAGCUGUAGAAGAUGAACCAGCAGAAAACAUUUUGGGAAAUGCAGCUACAAUGGAAACAGAGGAAAUUAUUCCAAUUUUAGAAAAGCUGGCUCCAGCAGGUGAAUUAAGUUGUUUCCCCAAAUCUACUAUGCUUCCAGUAGAAAAUCCUAACUUUGAUGCAGAAGAUAAAGCAGAAAACCCAUUAAAUUCAUUAGCCAAACAUGAAAGCAGCGAAAGUUUGCCCAAAGAAGCUUUCUUGGUACUUUCAGAUGAAGAGGAACUCUGUUCUGUUAAAGAAGCUGAAGUGAUAACGCCAAAUGAUUCAACCCCUUCAGAAGGCAAAGAUGAUGAAAAAGAACUGGAAAAAGUAGAAGAAAAGGAGCAUGACAAGGAGGAAGAGAGACCACCAGAAAAAGGUGAGGCAUCAAGAAGAAAGCGUUCCAAAUCAGAGGAUAUGGAUAAUGUCCAUUCUAAACGCCGUCGACAUAUGGGUGAAGAAUAUGAAGCAGAAUUUGAAGUAAAAAUUACAGCCAGAGGAGAUAUCAAUCAGAAACUAGAAAAGGUCAUCCAGCGGUUGCUAGAAGAAAAGUUCAAUGCACUGCAGUGUGCUGUGUUUGAUAAAAAUCUAGCAGAUCUGAAAACCAGAGUAGAUAAGAUUGAAUGUAGCAAGAGACAUAAAACUGUCCUUACCGAAUUACAGGCUAAAAUUGCAAGAUUAACUAGACGUUUUGGAGCAGCCAGAGAGGAUUCAAAGAAAAGACAAGAAAAUCUACAAAACACACCCCAUUCCCCAGGAAAGGCAGUGGGUGACACAGGCAGUAUCAACAGCGUGGCGUAUCGAAAUGCCGGAACAGUGAGACAAAUGCUGGAGUCCAAGAGAAAUGUAGGAGAUGCCACAUCAAAUACUUUACAGUCCCCUGUGAAUACAGUGUCUGCUACCACUCUUAGUACUCCACAGACAGCCGUCAGUGGACAUCCCAAACCGCAGACUCCUGUCACCUCUGCACCAUUGACUUCUGGCUCCUUGUCAACUUCUGUUCUACCUGCGGCCAACACAACAACAGUAGUUGGUACGAGUCAAGUGGCUGGUGGGAGCGCACAGCCAAUGUCUGUUUCAUUGCAGUCUUUGCCAGUAAUACUGCAUGUACCUGUUGCAAUGUCCUCCCAGCCUCAGAUCCUGCAAGGUCAUACUGGUACUUUGGUUACUAACCAGCAAUCUGGCAACGUGGAAUUUAUACCUGUACAAAGUCAAUCUAAUGUUGGUAACAUAACCAAAACUCCAUUGUCUCUGUCAUCGGCUAAUUCAGUAAAACCAAGCAGCUCUUCUGUACCCAACUCUAACAUUCAGAGGAACUCUCCGGCCAGUGUUGGGUGUUCUAUAGGGACAACUCUAGCUGUGCAGGCUGUAUCAACAGCACACCCUGUUGCACAAGCCACAAGGACUACUUUGGCUACUGUAAGCACAUCAGGGGUGUAUACUCCUCCCAUCAAUAGGAAUUCCAUACAGAUGAAGAUACCUCUGUCAGCCUUCAGCAGUACAACUUCUUCUGAAACAAGCACUGCAACAACACCUAGAGUUGAGAGUCAGUCAUCCAGGUUGCUAGCACCUUCGCUGCCACCAGCAGAUGUUUCAGCAAACAAAAAAGCACCUGAGACAGCUGCACAGAGUGGAAAGGCCACAGGCAGUGGAGUAAUUGAUCUCACACUGGAUGAUGAUGAUGGCUCCUCUCAAGCAGGUGGCAAGAAGCAGAACCCAUCUACACCUGCUUUGAGCCUGUCAACCCAGUCUUUAGCUCGUCCUCUGCAGCCAGUACAGACAAGCCCUCUCCAACAAGCAGGCAUGCCAACAACUGGCCUGUCGCAGACAACCAUACAUGUUCUCCCCACAGCCCAGACAACUGUGAAUGUAACCCAUCGUCCAGUGACUCAGACUCCUGCCAGGCUCCCAAUACCAAGAGCCCCUGCUAACCAUCAAGUUGUCUAUACUCUUCCUACAUCAUCAGGACAGAAUCCUGUGCGAACCACAGUCAUGCAGAGCCCUAGUUUAAGGCAGGUCAACCCACAAAACUCUGGUGUGACAGUACGAAUGCCUCAGACAACUGCGUAUGUUGUAAACAAUGGGCUAACCUUGGGAUCUGGAGGACCUCAACUCACAGUUCACCAUCGGCCAAUUCAAGUGCAUUCAGAGCCACUGCGGCUUGUGCACCCAGCCCCACUGCCAGAGGCCCCACAGCCAUCACGCUUGCCUCCUGAAGCUGCCAACACCUCUCUGCCUCAGAAGCCACACCUGAAGCUAGCACGUGUACAAAGUCAGAAUGGCAUAGUGCUAUCCUGGAGUGUUUUGGAAGUGGACCGGAGCUGUGCCAGUGUGGAUAGCUACCAUCUGUAUGCAUACCAUGAGGACCCCAGUGCUACUGUGCACUCUCAGUGGAAAAAGAUAGGGGAAGUAAAGGCCCUCCCCCUGCCUAUGGCAUGCACACUUACACAGUUUGUGCCUGGAAGCAAAUACUACUUUGCAGUUCGUGCUAAAGACAUCUAUGGACGCUUUGGACCCUUCUGUGAUCCCCAGUCAACAGAUGUGAUUGCUUCUCAAAGCAGUUAAAACUUCAGACUCUGAAGGCUUCUAUUCUUGCCCCACAAUUGUGGCUUACUCUGGUUUUGGGUUUAUUCUCAUGCAUGAAACUCACUGUAAAAAAAUCCCCCCUGCAGGAUUGUUUUGGACAGCAAUCUCAUACACUACACAAACUCCAUAACCAAAACCAAAAUAAAUUCCUAGCCUGCAGUGGGAGAACCUGUAUUUCUGAUAAGCUCUUGAAGUACGAAGUCCUCUCUCCUUCCCUCAAAGCUGCUCUGCCUGUUAAGGCGUAAGACAGUGACCCCUGGGAAUUUGGCUUCCAGCUGAUGUAGGCUGAAGAGGAGUGUCAUGCACAGGCCAAAGGGCAGGAGGAGUGAUCAAGGGUCAGGUUAGGAGGGAAGUCAGGAUUCAGGGUCUUACUUUAUUUUGUUUUGGAACAGUGACUAGUCUUACAAGGCACAGCCUGCUUUCUAGAAGGCAAAAGACCUUGUAUGUGGCCAGUGCUUGAGAAAUGUAGGUGUAUCUGCUUAUUUGAGGGGUGGAGGAUUAAGCAGCCCUCUGGCUGGUUUGCAGAAUACUUGCCACCAAAACCAGGGAGCAUUCUGAAGCCAGUCUAGAAAACAGAUUUAUAGAAAACUUCAAUUUCAUUUCCAGUAGUUUCCUGAUCCUCAUCUCUAUGUCCUCUUUUUUUAAAAAAAAAUUAUUUGUGCCUUAAACCAAUAAUUUCAAAAGUAAAUGUAGUCACACAUCAUGUGCGCACUUUCUUCUUUUGCUAUUUCGUUUUUUCUUCUUAGCCCCAGAAUGUCAUAACCUUCUCUUAUAGAUUCCUCAAAAGUGUAGCACACAAAACCUUCCUGAGUUAAUUCCCACUUGAGAUCACUCAGGCCAUCAUUUAACCUGCUAGUUCUGACUGGUCUAUGAAGUUGGGUCAUGCAGACAGUAUUUGACAAUUCUCCUUGGGAAGUUGGUGUGCCCUGUGGAUUGGCCAAAGGAGAUGUGGGCAGCCUAAGACACUUCAUUCUCCUCACAUACAAGAACACUUUGGUUGCUAAGCUAAGCCAAUCUGAUAAGGUUGCUUAAAAGAAAACAACUCAAUCUUCUAAUAGAACCUUUCAUUCUUUCAAUGGCUGAGCCAGCACAAUAUACAGUACCUCCACAUCCUUGCAUCCCAACAAGAGUUAGUGCUCACCACGAACACUUGAACCACACCUGACAGAUGUUGAAGAAAGUUUCACUAUGCCGUCUUCCAGAGAAAGCAGCACAUCUAUUGUCUUCCUGGUAUAUCAGCUCCAGUUGGGAAGUGGGAGGCAGCUGUUCCCACUCCAUUGACUGACCAGGGUCCAGCAGUUUCCUUAACUUGUUACUUCAAAUCUGAAAUUUAAGGUUUGUAAGAGGAUGGUCUAAAGUUUGUUGAUGCUGUGUGUUUUGGAAAGACAGGGUCUUAAUUCUCUUAUGUGAGAACACCAAGUAAAUUUCCUUGCAUUUUUUAUAUGGUACGCCUUAUGUCCUCCGAGUUAUAUUCGUUUUGAGUGACAUGAAAGCGUUUCUUGUAAAUUUCUGGCUUAUCUAUCUGAUGACUAAAGUCAAGAACUAUCUUAGAGCUAGUAUAUGGAAUACUUCACCCUAAAGCAAACAGCUGGCAUUUCAACGCUUUGUCUCACUUGCCUAACAGUGAUGCAAUCACCUACAAAAAUGAUAUUUUUUCCUCUCAGUUUCAGGUAUUUUAGGGCCACCUCUAAUUUUAAUAAGUAUAACGUUGGGCGGAAUCAACUCCCAUUGGAAGUAUACCAAAAAUCAAGGGAGAAUUUCAUUACAAAAAUAGAUGUAAUGGGGAAGGGGCUUACCACUCUGCUGUUGACUCAACAGUAUCUGUUAUGUGUAGCCAAAGAUGUAGUUUAUUAUCUGCACUGGGUCCUUAGCGCUGGAGAAGUUCCUCCUCACUUUUUUAUUGAACUUGGGAAAUAAAGUUAAGCCUGGGUGCAACUUUAAGAGAAAUGUGUUUUGUAGGGCUUGUAACACUGGAGGAAGCUGGGACACAUUUUAAACAACAAUUAUUCAAGACCCUGCUACUAGAAAGGGUGAAAAAACCUGGAUGAACAUUCCCUAAAUAUAUGCAGGAGAAAAAUGUGAACCCUGGUCUGAGAAAAGUACAUCUGCAUACUUUGUACCUCUUGCCCCUUGUUAUGGAGAUACACCAGAUGAUUAGCUAAGAUUUUACUGUUGCUUACUCUUCUUUCUCUAGGACUAGAUAGUGUUCCAUUAUCAAUCAGAUAUAAUGUGUAAUGUGUACUAAUUACAGCUUCUGUUAAGUUGGAUCUAAGAUCCAUACCUUGGGACUUUGUCUUCAGAUCUGUGAAUAGAAAAUGGCAGUGAGGCUAUUGUGGGGGUGGGACUUGCACUUUCUCAAGCAGAAUUGAUCUGGUCAGGCAAAUUAUGUAGGCCACUGCAGAGGGAAAGGCAGAAACAGGCUUGAAUUGGGUUAGUUGUCAACAAGAGCUCGUAAUUAGUGACUUUUUUGGCCUUGUAUCUGGUGCUGUAUUUCUUUUUGCUUUUGCCCCAAAGAAACGAGAGUUUACAAUUCUUUAUAACAGACAUUGGAAAAUAAUCUUUCCUUUUUAUCAAAGUAUUAUAAGCUAAACUGGAUUGCACAAAUACCAAGCUGCAGAGUCAUUGGAAUUUUACUACUCUGUGCUUAUUGAGAAACUGUUCCGCUCAGCACUCUCUCUGUGUGUUAUGGAUUAGGCAAACCCAAAGUUCUUAAAGAAAAGAAAGGGGUCAGGGAGGGAUUUCAGUGUCCACACUUUACUGUGUCAGUAUUUCUCCCAACGCACCCACCAUGUUUUCCUUACUGCAGUAUAUGGCUGGCCCAUGCUUGAAAAUUCUGUUUUCUACUUCUAUUUAAAUGUGAUACUAAAGUAUGUCUCCAUCUGUAUUUCUGCUGUUUUCUCUUCUUUGCCUUUAAUACUUGAGAAUCCAUGUUCUAGUUAGUAACAAGUUCCAUGUCUUAGGAAAGGACAAGUGAAAUGUUUUCACUGUUUAAAAAUGAGAAAGUGAUGUGACUAUUGCUGCUAAAUUAUUGUGAGUCCCUUAGGUUAACUUGUUUGUUUGUGUCUCCCAUUUUAUUUCUCAGAUUACAGCUAGAAGGCCUUUUCAGGAAGACCUCAGUGGCUAGGAGACGGGAGACUUGGAAGGGGUGGGAUGUACAGCAUACAUUUUCUGUACUUGUCACUUAAUGGGGAAAGGUGGAAUGCUCAAGCUGGUUGGCAAGUGUUCUCUGAACAUAAGAAGAAGUUUGUGCUUCAGGGAUUGCUGAAGCACUAAGAUUAGCUCUGGGCUGCAUUUUCAGCAUGAUUACAGUGCUACUUAAGGUACAUUUUGCACAAAAGGGAUUCAUAAGAAAUAGUGGCAAAGCUAUUGCUGUAUGGGAUAUUGCUGGGAUUACAAUGCAAGUUGUGCUGCAAUAAAUCACAUUGGUUCACCUUUUCAUUUAAAGCUCUUUGUUGAAUAUUAAGUGGUCUGUGAUCUGAGAACCCAUGUUACGUGUAAGGUCAGCCUAUAAGUUCCUUGUUCCCUCAAAUUGCCACAUUACAGUAUUAAGUAGGAGAACUACGAUUACAGUACACAAAAGUAGAUGGAACCCCUUUAGUAUUUUUAUUCAGUCAACAGCAAAAAAUACCUAGAUUUUUUUGAAAAUGAAAGCUUGAUAUAUUGAAAAUACUGCUUUCUUUUAGUGUGUUUCGGCACACAGUGUUUUGUUAACACAGAGGAAGGUCUUUUAGUAUUGCCAAAAACAAGUGAUCCCAUCCUUCUUGAAACCAGUUUUAUGUCGAGAGGUGAAUGUAGACAGGAGUACAAAUUAAAAUGUGAUAUUUUAUCAUUGAAUAUAAUCAAUAUUUUAUAACACAUGGUUUCUCACAUUAUUGUGCUGGCUUUCCCUGUUUGAAAUAUAUUUUAAGUGCUGUCUAAGUUAAAGUUCUAUCUGUAAAUAAAGUAAUUGGGCAGCCAAAACCUUGAGGUACUUGUUGGACUUCAGUAACUUAUCAGCCACUGGCAAAUAAACUCCUACAAAACUCCUUAUAGAAACUUGCACUCUUUUCCCCUUUUUCCUUCUACAGAAGAACAUGUAAAUAAAGAUAAUGUAGGACGUACCAAAAAGUCCAUUUUAAGCAGGGCAAUGGCAAGUUCUCCCAGACUUUUGUAUGCAUUGUAGAUUAGUGUCUGUAUACGUGUUAAUUGUAGUGGGGUUUUGUCUGACAAGCCUGAGAUUUAUACUUUGAAAUAAACUACUGGGUUUUUAA